GAGAGAAACCAUCACUGGGUCAAUAUUUCUCUCCUCUUUGUCAUUGGAAGCCUGAAAACAGAAGAAAAAGACUGGUGCUGAGUGCUGUCGGACUCAAAUGAAAGUACUUGAAGGAGGGCAGGCUUAAAGAGCACCAUGCCAGGCCUGAUCAACAAAGCUAAACGGAGCGUCCUGCCACUCAGCAUCUCUGAUAUUACUUCCUGUGUCAGAGGUUACACCCUGGCUAUGACCGCCUCCUUGACCUAUAACAACAUCGAGGACCAUCCCAUUGAAGGUCUCUUUGUUUACCCCCUGGAGGAGUGCUCUACAGUAGUGGGCUUUGAGGCUGUGGUUGCCAGUCAGGUCAUCACCAUUCAAAUCAAAGACAAGGCCAAGAUCGACGACUGCUACUUUGACUGCUGCACAGUGGCUAAUGGAGCCUUAAGGACCGGCAGUGGUCGCAUUGUGUUGGAUGAAGACUUUGAGCGCACUGUGCUGGUGGUGAACCUUGGGCUCAUUCCUCCCUUGGAGACAGUCACAGUGCUGGUCAGCACAUCCUCUGAGCUGGCCACCCUCCCCAACGGGGCUGUCAUGGUGACGUCCCCAAAAGUGUGCACCCCAAAAGUACAGCAGUCCAUCAACGAGGAGCAUGGUUUCUCACCAAAACUGGCUGGAGCGAAGGACAGGCACCACUGUGCUUUAGGUCCACAUGACCCCACCGCUGCCUCCAGCCCUCUGUGCCUGGCCUGGCUGCUGGAGAACCAGCCUGUUAACUCCAUCGACUAUGACUUCAACUUCCAGCUGGACAUCCGUGGGCCCUGCCUCCUGGCCGGAGUGGAGAGCCCCACACAUGCCAUCCGAGCCGAUGCUGACCCCUCAGCCCGAUCCGCCACCAGCAUCGUCAUCACCCUGGCGGACAAGUACACGUACGACUGCCCUGUGGAAAUCCUCAUCUACCCGAGUGAGCCGUUCCGGCCACACGUUCUCAUCGAGGACGGUGACAUGACCACUGAGGAGUACGAGGAACACCUAAAGGGGAAGAGCGAUUACAUCAGAGCGAUGAAGCGUGACCCUGGCGACAGGAAGAAAGUGGAGGUCAUACGCAAACGGCUCCACAAGGACAUGCUCCACAACCCUGUGGCCAUGCUCAACUUCUGCCCUGACCUGAAGGCCAUGACCUCUGACCUGAAGGGAGUCCAGGGGGAGUUCAUCUUCCUCAUUGACCGCAGCGGGAGCAUGAGCGGAGUCAACAUCAGCCGAGUAAAGGAUGCCAUGUUGGUGAUUCUGAAGAGCCUCGUCCCUGCAUGCAUGUUCAAUAUCAUAGGAUUCGGCUCCACGUUCAAAAGCCUCUUCCCCUCCAGCCAGAGCUAUGGUGAGGAGACCCUGGCCAUAGCUUGCGAGCACAUAAAGAAGAUCCGAGCCGACAUGGGCGGCACCAACGUCCUGGCUCCCCUGACCUGGAUCCUGCAGCAGCCCCUGUACCGGGGUCACCCCCGGCUUCUCUUCCUGCUGACCGACGGGGCCGUCACCAACACGGGGAAGGUUAUCGAGCUGGUGCGCUGCCACGCCCGCUACACCAGGUGUUACUCUUUCGGGAUUGGUCAGAAUGCCUGCAGGAGACUUCUGAUUGGCCUCUCUACUGUUUCCAAAGGAACUGCUGAAUUUUUGGCAGAGGGCGAGAGACUACAGCCCAAGAUGAUUAAAUCACUUAAGAAGUCCAUGGCCCCGGUUCUCAGUGACAUCACCAUCGAAUGGCUGUUUCCUGAAACAAAGGAAGUGUUACUGUCCCCAGUAAGCUCCACCUACUUGUUUCCUGGAGACCAUCUGAUUGGCUACGGCGUGGUCUGCGACACUACAAGCUACUAUCAAAAUCCCAAGUCUGACAAGAGGAGACGCUACUGUUUGAUGCGUGCGAACGGCUCCACUGGUUCGGUGUUUUACCAGUCCCAGGAGGAGGAGCCUGGGAAAUUAGCUCCUGAGAGCCAAUUAGCUCCAACGGUCGGUCAGGCCACGCCCCUUUGUGACACGUACCAGGAAGUGGUUAUGGACGGCAAGCAUAUUUCCACAGAACAGGCUUCCAUAGAUGGUAAGACCUUGCCAAGAUGGCGGGGGUACAGUACCAACCGGACCAUGGAUUAUGGCCCCAUGAAGAGGGUCCUCCCUCCCAGUGACCCAGGUUCAGUGACAGGGAAGACCACUGGAAGGAGAUCCAAUGUUCAGGAGCUCGCCAGCCAGCCCAUCCCUGACCAGGGCACCCAGUGGACUGGGCAACAGGGCAGUGUGUGCAGAACCUCUUCCAGAACCGGGUCUCAGAAGCCAUUUUAUGACAGAGGAGCUGAUGUCCCCCAACUGAAUGCCAGUGUUCUGGGGAUGGACCAUUUCAGGUCGUCUGUUGACAGCACCUCCGCCAGCAGCUGUGGGGAGUCAGAAGGAUACGCCCAUCAGCUUUGCGAGGUGGAAUUUCCCCCGGAGCCACACCCCUCUGACCCGAGCUCGGCCAAUCGCGGAGGGCGAAGUUGCACGGCGGUGGUCUCGGGACUGCUGUGCGGAAAGCCGGUGAGGUGGGAGGUGCCGUUCGACCUGGAGCCCUCCCGGAAAGGGAGGGAGCAGGAGGAGAAGCUGCAGGAGGACCUGUGGAACGAGACCUUCCACCACCUGGCGGCAAGGUCCAUCAUCCAUGACUUUGAGCAGACGGCGGAGAGGGAGAGGGAAGCUGAGCACGGUUCUGGUAGGAGGUACCAGCUUUAUGCCAUUCAUAUCAGCAAAACCUGCAACAUUCUCAGUAAAUACACAGCGUUUGUGCCAUUAGACCUGGAAACUAAUGAAUACUUACAAACCGCCAUUGAGUACACCAACCCAGGAGAGACGCAGAAGCACAGCAGCCAUGUUGGAUCCUGCUCCAGGAGUCUGAAACACCGGGGGUACUCCGUCGGUCUGGGGCGCUCGCAGUCCGUCUGCACGUCGGACGGAGCUGAAGACCCCCCGUCUACGAAUGUUGAAGAUGGAUUAUCUCCCUGUAGUACUGCUUCAUCUGCAGGGUGGGAAAGAAGCAGCUCUCCUGAAGUUCCUCCGAGGAGUCCCUCUGUCACCUCUGAACACUCCCAGAGAUCGGGGGAGUCUACCUUUUCUGCCAGGUUGACUCUUAGCAGGACCCGGCUGCUGACUCGCGCGGCUCGAGGAUUCAUGAGUCGCUCGGCGAGUAAGGCCAGCGAGUCGAUCGGAGAGAGCGAAAGCGACAAUACCGACUACGUUCCCCUGGUGUGUCUGCAGUUAGCCUGUGGGGCCUUCGCCCUGAACAGCACCCUAUGUGAGGCCAUCAGUGUUCCCAUGGAGAAACUCAAGUGGACUUCCCCCUUCACCAGCCACAGGGUCAGCCUGGGCCACGGGUCCCACUCCGCCGUGCACAAAAUGGAGAAUCAGGAGGGUGAGGGGCCGGGCAGGUCCCUGUUUGAGACCCCCUUAAAGGAGGAGCAGCGUGUCAUCCUACCCAAGAGCUCCAAACUGGAGGAGGAGGCUGUGUCCCGGCCCUUUCACUACCCGGGCGAGCCCCCCCGUUCCCCCGUUAGCUCACAGGCCGACAGCGGGCGAGGCUCCGAAUCGGAGGCCACGGAGACGCCCCCCUCCCUGCCCAGCCCGAAGGCCUUCCAGGAGCCGGAGGGCAUGGUGUGGGCCACAGCGGUGGCGCUGGCCUGGCUGGAGCACAGCUCAGCGGACUGCUUCAUCGAGUGGGAGCUCAUCGCAGCCAAGGCCAGCGCCUGGCUCAGCGCCCAGGCCAUCCCAGAGGGCCGAGACCUGGGUACGAUUAAGACCGCCGCCAACCAGCUCUUCGUCAUCCUCCGACACUGGGAGGAGAACCUGCAGCUCAACAUGCUCUGCUACAACCCCAGUAGUGUUUGA